UUCGUUGGCAAUGCGACUCGCGAAACAACAAAACCGCAAAACGUUUUGAAGCAAUCAGGCAAGCAAAGGAAGUAUGCACAUACAUAUGUACAUACAUACAACAAAAGUGCGUAUGAGUAAAGGAAGGAAGAAAUUUGAAAGCAUAGACAAAUGUACUUGUGUAUAUGUAUGGAGCAACGCAAAAUAACUUGGAGGCCGAAAAUGAUUUCACAGACAAAGUAAACUCGCGAGGCAGCGAUAUGUUAGAGGCCGAAAAAAGUGCAUAGUGAAAAGAAAUAGCGCCGACAUGACGGCAGCAACAGGCGGAAAGGAAGUGAAUCGACGGUGUGCAUUAUAGUGCAGUGACAAUAGUGUUUUUGAACGAACCAGAAAACAAUCAAAUAAACACAGUUAGUGUGGAACUUAAACGCAGAAAGAGUGUAAUAAAAGCGUGAAACCGAUAUAAAUACGCACGAAAGGAAGAAGCCGAGACCGAGAACAAAAAAAAAACGAAAAACCAGUAACACAAGAACUAACAUUAAACUUAAAAUUACACACAAAUAUAUUUAUAUGCUGUAAAUUUCGUAUAUGCACGACUCCACGUGCUGUGUGUGUUUUUUCAAUUGUCGAAUUGUGUGUUAAUUUGCAAAUCGCUUAAAACUAAAUGAAAUUAAGUGUGACCGCAAAUCACAGAAUUUGAAUGCCAGCUCUAAUACACUGAGACAUUACUUGGUAAAAAGCGUCAAAAAAUUGAAAUAAAAUUGUUAUUCAGCAGGCAUAGCAGCGCUUUUGCCGCAAGGCUUUGCUUCUCACAACUCCAAUCAGGCAGCUGCUGCAAGGGAUAAUUAGCGUCGUGAAGUUGCAUUCAAAUGGAUUGGAAAACUUUAUCAAGCAGUGAGAAGAGCCCGAAAAUGGAGCGUUGGAAACCAAAUCCGAUAUUGGAACCAGAACCACCACCACCCAUACCGCCACGCACCUUUAUGCGCCAAUCGAGUUUCACCAAAAUUGGAAAUAUGCUCAAUACGGCCAUAAAUAUUAAUGGCACUAAAAAAGUACAGAGUAAUGGAGAAGCUUCGUGGUGCUUCUCACAGAUAAAAGGCGCCUUAGACGAUGACGUCACCGAUGCUGAUAUUAUAUCCUGUGUGGAAUUCAAUCAUGAUGGUGAAUUGCUGGCAACAGGUGAUAAAGGCGGACGUGUUGUCAUCUUUCAGCGCGAUCCAAUGUCGAAAACGGCAAUACCUCGUCGGGGUGAAUAUAAUGUUUACUCAACCUUUCAAUCGCAUGAACCCGAGUUCGAUUACCUAAAGUCAUUGGAAAUUGAGGAGAAAAUCAAUAAGAUACGAUGGCUGCGACGAAAGAAUCCUGCGCACUUUUUACUGUCAACCAACGAUAAGACAGUUAAAUUAUGGAAGGUCAGUGAACGUGAUAAAUCGUUUGAGGGCUAUAAUACAAAGGAGGAGAGCGGUCUGGCGAAGGAUCCGCAAAAUAUAACUGGCUUAAAAGUUCCUUCAGUUAAGCAAAUUCCCCUUAUGGUGGAAGCGUCACCACGUCGCAACUACGCCAAUGCACACACCUAUCACAUCAAUUCAAUUAGCGUUAAUUCUGACCAAGAGACCUAUCUGUCCGCCGAUGAUUUACGAAUCAAUCUGUGGCAUCUUGAGGUGACCGAUCAAAGUUUCAAUAUCGUCGAUAUUAAGCCAGCUAAUAUGGAAGAGUUAACGGAGGUCAUAACCGCUGCCGAAUUCCAUCCAACCGAGUGCAAUGUGUUCGUGUACUCGAGUUCGAAGGGCACAAUACGUCUAUGUGAUAUGCGUUCGGCUGCGCUGUGCGAUCGACAUAGCAAACAGUUCGAGGAGCCGGAAAAUCCAACGAAUCGCAGCUUCUUCAGUGAAAUUAUAAGCUCGAUAAGCGAUGUAAAGCUCAGCAAUUCGGGUCGUUAUAUGAUCUCUAGGGACUAUUUAAGUAUUAAAGUGUGGGAUUUACACAUGGAAACGAAACCCAUUGAAACCUAUCCGGUUCACGAAUACUUACGCAUUAAACUCUGUUCACUGUAUGAGAAUGACUGUAUUUUCGACAAAUUCGAAUGUUGUUGGAAUGGCAAGGACAGUUCCAUAAUGACGGGCAGCUAUAAUAAUUUCUUUAGAGUGUUUGAUCGCAAUUCGAAAAAGGAUGUCACAUUGGAGGCGUCGCGCGACAUUAUCAAACCAAAAACGGUGCUUAAACCACGUAAAGUUUGCACCGGUGGCAAACGAAAAAAAGACGAGAUUAGUGUCGAUUGUCUCGACUUCAAUAAGAAGAUACUGCACACCGCUUGGCAUCCGCAAGAGAAUAUAAUCGCUGUGGCGGCAACAAAUAAUCUGUUUAUAUUUCAGGAUAAGUUUUAGCUAAAACUCCCACAUCUACUUCAGUUCUACAUCAUCACCACCAUUAUGGCGUCGUUAAGGAUAAUUAUUAUGCUUAAUUCUAAAUUUUAUACUUAUCGCUGCUGCAAAUGCUAUCACUCACUACUUGCUAUCACUACUGUGUAAUCAGGGCAAACAAAAACAAACAAAUUAUACGAUCAAGUUUUGACCGUAAUAUUAAGCGAAAUACAAGGACGUACGUAUGACAUGGAGACGAAUGCGUAGGCGUAGGCGAUGUUACAACUCAUAGCAUCAUACAUACAUAUUAUAUACACAUAUAGUUAGAUAUAACUCACGAUUAGUGCUAAUAAUUAACAAAACCAAACCUCGAUUGGCAGUUGAUUAUAGAAACAGCAAUAAAACACGUUGUUGUGUGUAAGUCUUUAGUCAAAACAACAAAAAACUUAAUGUUUUUAGUUUUAAAUUUGGCCUCAAGGCAUACAUGCUCACGACAUUCUUGUAACGUUCAUAGCAUAAGCAAAGUGGAGAGAAAAAAGUGUGUGAGAAGUAGAGUGAAAGCGCGGAAAAGGAAGAGUACAGCUGGCUGCGCCAGUAUAACCAAACAAACUAAAUCGUCUACUAUAUUGCGCACAAAGAAAUAAAAACAAAAAAUAAAUAAAAUAAAAUUGAAAACAAUAAACGCCUUAAACCAAAACUUUGUACAGUACUCUGAUUACGAUUCUGUUAAAUUCCUUAAAACAUUGUUGCCUCGGCUAUAUACUUUCAGCUACUUUUAGAGGGGAGUGUGUUUUUUUUAUACAAUAUUUAUGCGAAAUCAGUAAGAAUAACAACUAUUUAUGCAGUAAUAUGUUUGCUUAAUUUGUAAUAAAACCAAAAUUGUUAUUAAUAAUAACUGAUUUUUUUUCUUUUUGUUCAUACGAACUUUGAUAUGAAAUAAGUUGGAAAUUCACAGUAGAAAGAGAAACAUAACAAAAAUAUGAAAACUUCAAUAAUUUUACUUUCCACGUAGGAAACUAUAAUUUUUAAGUGAGAAAGAGAGGGCGGCAAAGUUAAUAAAACAUUAUUACAACAUUACCAUGUUUCAAAAAGCAAAAAACUAAAAUUACAUAUUUAAGAAAUAAAAAAGACAAACAUCGCGCUAUAAAUGUCCAACUACAAUGCGUAGCAGAGGUUGUUCUUGAAAGAAUAGUAUAUACUACUAAAAACGACGCAACAUUUGCGUGUUAAGUGAAAAACAUGCUAUUGGUUAAAUAAAAAAAAAAAAAUUACAACAAACACACACAAAAUUGUGUAAAUUUAUUAUUUUUCUUUAAGUAUUCUUUUUGCACUCUACGUAUUAUUUCAUUUUGAUAAAUGGUUCAAUUUAAGACUCAAUAACCUAAAAAUUUUUGGAUACAAUAAAUUAAAUAUUCCGAAAUUAUAUACAAGAAUUGUACGGUAGUGCGACCAAUACUGCGGGCGUAAUCAUAGGCUUCGAUUGGUUAUAAAUUUACGUGUGAUUGCAUAACUUUCAUUUUUUUUUUUGCGUUAUCUGGUAGUAAAAGCCAUGGAACUUGACGAAUAAAAUCUUGUUUGUAAUAAAUGAAGAAAGAUGAUGUUAUUUGAAUAAAGUAGUCAUAUUAAUAAGGGCAGGCGUACGUACGUAUAUUAUAAGCAGCAUUAAAAACAAUCUUACAGCAAACCAAUUAAACUAAACAUUCAAUGACGCAUUCAUUUCGUACUUAUUACAAUUAAAUAAUUAUUUUCGCUUAUAUAAAAUAAAUGCAAUCGGUUUCAAUAUCUAGCUUCGUAAAAAGAUUUGUAAAGUUCUAAUAAUUUUUAAUUGGCAAGAUUUUCUUCUGUCGAUUAAUAUACUUUUUUACAGCGGAAUGCAAAUAUAUAUUUUGUGCUAAAUGUGUAUUUGUUCAUAAAAUAACAUUGAGAUGUUUGUAAUAUAGACCCUCUUACUAGUUUGCUAUAUUGAAAUAUGUGUUGUUACGCCUAGUUUAAUAUUUUAGUUAUUCUGCUGCCAUUUUGUAUUUCAUUCCACACAAAUCUGCCAAAGCAAUGCAAAACAUAAAGAAAUAGUUAAACUAUUUUUCUUUGACAUAAUAUGGAAAUUAUUUCCACAGCAGAAGAAGAGAAAAGGCAAGAGAUAGAAAUAAUUGGUUACUCGUAUUUUUAUUCAAUAACGGUGCAGAGGAGCGAGUUAAUUAAAACAGUCUACAUAAAAGAAAAACGAAGGGAAAGUACAUACAUUUUUUUUUCAUUAUUUCAUUAAAUUCAUACUUUUUUCUUUUUCAACGUCGAGUGUGCUCACGCAAUUAACUAGAACAGCAACUUUUUUAAAUAAUAAAUAAUGAUCAUUAUGUCGAGACGCUUAAAUAAUCAAAUACUUAUUGAAACAAAAGAAACUAAAUUUAAAAUAAACGAAAAUAAGCAUAUUAAAAAAAAAAUAACACGAACAAAAAAUAAAACAUUUUUGAUUUAAAUCAAAAGCUAAAUUUAAUAUAUAAAAAAUAUAUGCAAAAACAAGUUGCAAUUGUCACAAUAAGCUAAAAAAAAAAUAUUAAAAACUUGUGAAAAAAAAAAUUAUAGAAGUAAACGAAAUGGCAUUAUAUGUCAUUAAUAGUAACUUAAGUUGUAUGAAAGUGAAUGGUUAACAUUAUAUUUGAAACAUUUAAGUUAAAUAUUUGUUUAUAAUAGUAACUUACAUACUUUAUUAAGUAUAUAUGUACAUGCAUAUUUAAUUAAUGUUGGCGAGCUGUUUGUAUUUGUUUUCCACAAAAUCACUAAACUAUAAAUGAAAUAUUAUAACACAAGUACAUACAUAUAGAAUGUCCGCAAACAUGAAUUACUAACGGAAGCCACUGGAGUGAGCAAUAGAAAUUAUUUGCAAGCCAAAUGAAGAGAUUUAUUUUCUAAAUGUUGAAAACAGAACUUCAGACAUUUAUCUUAUUUAUGGAAUUUGAACAGUUGUUGUGUGCUUAAUGUGAAAGCAAUAAGCACCGCUAACUACUAUGGUAGCAUGUUAUAAAAAAAACUGGUAUUUACAUGCAGUCAAAUAUUAAUUUCAGCAGUAAGUUAGCUAUGGACAUUUUAUGUUUUUUAAGCACCACAACAACAUUUUUGUACAUGAAUUUCAGUCACUAGAGGUUUUCAGAAUUUCUAAGGAGUAUAGGCAAUGAAUCUAUUACUAAACUCUGGCCUUAAGUAAAGGAACAACACUUCUAAAUUAUUACAAACAUUAAUGUUUAAAAAUAUAUGUAUUUCAAUUGUAUAUAAAAAUAUACUUAAUUGAUUUGUUUAUAUUUUACAUUUUUUUUCACUUUGUGCCGAAAUGUUAUGCCACAAACAAUAAAAUGGAAGUAGCGAAAAUUAUAAGGUUAUAAGUUGGCAAAUGUGUAAAGUGUUUAGAAAUAUAGUUUAUCAAUAUUUCUUAUAUUAUUUAAGAUGUGUUUUCUUAUUGUUAAUCAGUUUCGCUAGCUACACAUUGUUGAGAAAUGUAAUUUCGGUUUUUUUAAGUACUCUGCAACAGCAUUUAAUAUUGUGCACCUUUGUCCCUCAAAAUUGUGAGCGUUUUUUUUUUUUGUAAACAAGCAACUUUAUGAAAUCUUUUAAAUCUUAUGUUUUACUUAUUAAAAUAGCAGCAGCAAUGCUAAUUAUGCAUGUACAUCCAUAAACCAUAAUAUACAAAAUAUUUAGCUAUAGUAUGUAUAUGUAUUAUUCUAAAUAUUAAAUUAUCAUGUUAUAUACAUACACAUGUAUGUAUAGGUGUAUACAUUAUUGUAUGUAUAAACGAAAAAAAGCAAAUAUAUGGUAUAAUUAGACACAUAUACAUUAUAUAAUUUACUCAAAAA